UUGGCUCCGGAUGUGGGAUGGGAGGGCCAGGGGGGGCAAAACACCCAGCCAAGACAGGAAGCUCCGUGUCCAGAAGCCUUAAAGAGGGAGAUGCAGCAGAGGCAUGAAAUCAGUGCCCGAGACUCAGCCUGCUGAGUCCAUCCCGAGGCUGCAGAAUGAAGGCUCUUCCUCUCCUCCUGCUCCCUGUCCUGGGGCUGCUGGUGUGUGGCAAUUCUCUGUGUCCCGUGGACAAAGCCAUCAGUGAGAAGAUCCAGGAUGACGCCCCAUCCUUAAUUCUUGAGACAAUGAGGAACUUUGGCCUGACCUGCCGGAGUGUCACCUCCAGGGGGGACCUGGCCACCUGUCCCGCAGGCUUCGCCGUCACCGCCUGCACUUGCGGCUCCGCCUGCGGCUCGUGGGACGUGCGCGCCGAGACCACGUGCCACUGCCAGUGCGCGGGCAUGGACUGGACCGGAGCUCGCUGCUGCCGCUUGCAGACCGCCGCCUGAGGUCCCCGGGGAGCGCGGGCGGGGAUGGGGGCGUGGCCAGGCCUCGGGGGGGCGGAGUCAGGCCUCGGAGGGGCGGGGUGGAAAUAAACCCUGAGCAGAUGCUGGU